AUGUACAGCCUCAAGACCAAGACUCUCAAGACGAAAAAGAACAUGCACUUGUCCCGGAAGAUUUUCCACAGCACCUCAGGGGUCAUCAUGGCAUCGUUGUACGAGUUCUGGCUAUCCAGGGAGGUAGCACUCCUUUUGCUUACACCAGGCUUCCUGGUGUUCUUUGUUGCCGAGACCUUCCGGAUAAACUAUCCCAAGCACCCCUUGAGCAUCCUCUUCUUCCGCCUAUUUGCAAGGCUGGCAAGGAGCUAUGAAAUUGAGAGAAGGAGUGGUAUCGUUUUUUACCUUGCAGGGGUGCUUGCCUGUGUCUUGUUCUUCCCGAAACCGAUCGCAGUACUCAGCAUACUGUUCCUCGCGUUUGGUGACCCCUUUGCUUCUCUAUGCGGCAUGACCUGGGGCGCUUUGGGUCCUCGGUUUUCAAACGGCAAGUCCCUCAUCGGAAGUCUAGGGGGUCUUGUCGCCUGCUCCUUCAUUACCUUCCUCUACUUCCUUCGAAGCCUCAGCCCUUCCCUCUCGUUGCUCGCUGCGAUCCCAGAGACUCUCUGCGGAAGAAUCGUGGACGGGAAAGGAGGACCAAUCGACUUGGACGACAACCUGGCUAUCCCUCUAGGAUCUUCGAUCAUCAUGUUCAUCCUCUUCAAGUUGUUCCCGCUGGUUCGCGUCUGA